CUUUAGAACCAAAACCAGAGUAGCUGUAGCCAUGACCAUGGGCAAGAUCAUCUUCUACGAGGACAGGAACUUCCAGGGUCGUUCCUAUGAGACCAGCAGCGACUGCCCUGACAUGUCCUCCUUCCUGAGCAGGUGUCACUCCUGCCGGGUGGAGAGCGGCUGCUUCAUGGUCUACGACCGCACUAACUUCAUGGGGAACCAGUUCUUCGUGAGGAGGGGCGAGUACUCUGACUACCAGCGUAUGGGCAUGAGUGACUGCAUCAGGUCUUGCCGCAUGAUCCCCAUGCACAGAGGCCAGUUCAGGAUGAAGAUCUAUGAGAAGGAGAACUUCAGCGGUCAGAAUCACGAGCUGAUGGAGGACUGCGACAACAUGCAGGACCGUUACCGCAUGUCCGAGUGCAUGUCCUCCCAGGUGAUGGACGGCCACUGGCUGAUGUUCGAGCAGCCCAACUACAGGGGCAAGAUGAUGUACCUGAGGCCCGGAGAGUACCGCAGCUUCAGGGAGCUGGGCAUGAGCAGCACCAGGUUCAUGAGCAUGAAGCGCAUCAUGGAUUCCUGCUAUUAAAGCACAGGUGUAUAAAAGCAAAGAUUUUAAAUAAAAUGUAAAAAAAAAGAAGAAUCUUUUGAAUGAA